AUGUCGGCACUGGCUUAUUCUCCUGAGAAAUUUCCUGCUUUGCUAGUUGUUAAUAAUCGUGAAAGUGAAGAACGAACUGUUCUUCAUUCUGAAGCCGAAGUAAUGGAGGAUUUGCGUGAUGCAGUAAAUCCGUGUGAUCGUUACCAUUUUGUUACUGUGAUAUACUUACUUCCCAGGAUUUGUAAGAUGAAAUUAAUCUAG